AUGUUUCAAAUUAAUUUUUACAGACCAUACUUUGACUUAGAUAGUGAUAUGUUUUUUUACAAAAUUCAAAGAGCAUUAAACCCGUUUGCUACGUCAUUCGGAGAACCAAAUGAAGAAGAGAAUCUGAACCAACCAGCAGAAUUGUAUGGAUUCUUUUGGAUCACAGGAACAUUAAUCUUUUUGAUGUUUGUAAGUUCCACAGGUUCAAAUCUACUUGCACAAUGGUUAUAUGGAGACGCAUCGAAAAAGAAAUACGAGUAUAGCUUUGAUUUACUAACUAAAUCAAUUUCGUUAUUCUACGGAUACAAUAUUAUUGCCCCUGGGUUGUUAUAUUUAAUAACCACCUUUUUUUAUAAAUUUCCGUAUGGACUUUCAUUAAGUAAAGUUAUCUCAAUUUACGGGUACACCAAUGUUUUGUGGUUUCCAAUUACCAUAGUCAAUGUUCUCAUUGUUGUAUUGAUAAAUAAUCAGAAUCACCAUUUAAUGUUGAAUCUUUUUGAAUGGAUAAUCGUGGUUAUAAGCGGAAUAGUUACUGGAUUGAGUAAUUUAGCCAAGUUAACUCCGAUCAUAAAGAAGAAUAGUUUGAUCAUUCAUGAAGGUGAUUCUUCAGGUGCAAACAGGUUGUAUUAUACUAUUGUUGGAGCAUUGGCUGUGGCACAUUUGUUAUUUACUGUAUUGGUUAAAAUUAGUUUCUUUGGUAUUAAAGUAUAA